ACAAACCCCAGACCGAAACCCAAACCAGCAUGAAAACUAUGGGCUGUAUUUUCCAAACGCACAAACAAAACUUUUCUAAGACCUAGAAACCAGCUGCAAAAUUCCGCCCAUCAAAUCCCUCUUUAUCUACCGAUCUCCAUAUUCCGCAAAUCCGUACUGCUAGAUCUACCUGUAAUAAUCUUCUUUUCGCUCAUACCUGCAAAAUUUAAACAAGCCAUUCAGCUUUUCAUGGUGAAGAAGUUAAAGAUCUCGUCUCUGUUUCUCGAAUCUUUUUUUGCUUUCCGUAUCAUAAAGUGGAUGUUCAUCAUGAUUGCAUUAUUAUAGUGAUUGGGUAUGGAACCUAGUGGGAUGUAUCCAAGUAUGGGAUCUGGGAUGCUAGGGCUGGAAAUGUCACUCCACGAUCAUAUCCCUCCUCAGCAGCAGCAACCCAAACUGACCAUGGUUCCAAUUGAUCACCACUCUCAUUCUGUUAAUGUUCACACUUAUGGUAAUAAGCCCAACAUCCAAGGGCUAUCUUUCAACAGUGAUAAGGAUGAGCCUGCUGGUACGGGGGGACCCACUGCUGAUCAGAGCGGUGCAGAAGAUGGGAAGAAGAAAAUGUCACCCUGGCAGAGGAUGAAAUGGACAGAUGAAAUGGUGAGGCUGUUGAUAAUGGUGGUGUAUUACAUUGGUGAUGAGGGUGCCCCUGAGGGGAACAAUACUCACGCUAGCUCUGAGAAGAAGGGCAGCCAUGGAGGGGGGAUUUUGCAGAAGAAAGGGAAAUGGAAAUCGGUUUCCCGGGCAAUGAUGGAGAGAGGGUUCUAUGUGUCUCCGCAGCAGUGUGAGGAUAAAUUCAAUGAUUUGAACAAGAGAUAUAAAAGGGUGAUUGAUAUUCUUGGGAAAGGUACUGCUUGCCGUGUUGUUGAGAAUCAAAGUUUGCUAGAAACCAUGGAUUUAUCACCCAAAAUGAAAGAGGAAGCCAAGAAACUGCUUAAUUCCAAGCACUUGUUCUUUAGAGAAAUGUGCGCUUAUCACAAUAGUUGCAGCCAUGGCGGUGGCGCAAGUGGAGGAGGGGUUGGAGAGUUCCCAUCAGAUCAGCCUAAUCCUCAUCAGCAGCAGCAGCGAAAGAAGUGCUUGCACUCUUCUGAUGGACCUAGAGUGGAGCAUAAUUUGGGCCGAGCUGAAACUGAGGAAGCCGUGAAAGCCCGUGAAAGCAGGGAAGAAGAAGAAGAUGAUGAAGAAGAGGAAGAAGAGGAGAGCAAUGAUGAUGAAGAUGACGAGAGUGAGACAGAGGAACAAUCAAGAAAGAGGCAGCGAACAGACGUCAUUGCUCAUCAACUGAACACAGAAUGGACAAAUAUGUGUCAAGAUGGAAACAAAAGUGUGAUGGAGAAGAGGCAUUGGAUAAAGGGGAGAAUAAUUCAGUUGGAGGAACACCGGGUGAUGUAUGAGACAGAAAAAUUGGAGCUCAGGAAGCAGCAGUUGCAGUGGGAGAAAUACAGAAGCAGGAAGGAGAGGGGAAUGGAGAGGGAGAGGCUUGCGAAUGAGAGGAAGAUACUGGAGAGUGAGAGAAUGGUUCUUCUUCUACAGCAAAAAGAAAUGGAAUUGCUUGAUCACCAAAGAACCAGUGACCCAUCUUCUGUUACUGGGUGAGGCAUGCAUGUCUGAUUGCCUGCAGAGGCUGAAGGAGGAGGUGGUAUAAAAUAUGGCUACUGCACCAUACAAGAAACUGUUUCUGGUUUAUUUAAGUAACAGAAAAGCACACCGUGAAUUGUUUUGUUUUCUCUUUGUUUUUUUAGGCACAAGUUCCAUUGAAAAGAUUGUAGCAAAGCUUGCUUGGUCGCUUGCUUUUUGAAAUCUUCGAGGCUAAAAUGGCCGUCCUACCAGUCAUUGCAGCUGUUAGACUGUGUGUAGUAAGAGUGUAGUGUAUGCAUCUUCCCCUGAUGUUAUAGGGUCACAAUAGAUCCUUCCCCUAAGCUAACAUAUGUAGCUUGCGCAAGCAAAUUGAGAAAAAAUAAUCUCCCACAGGCAGUUAUUGGCUCUUGCUUGCUUAAAUGAUUAAUGACACAAGAUAAAUCAUGGCAGCCCCAAAGGUCCAACAACAACAAAAAAGUGUGCUAUGGGGAUUCCCCUCCUCCCGAAUGGAGGUAAGGAAUACCUCCCUAGCUACUAGUGGCAGGCACUAUGGAGGGAGCUGGCUGCUACCCAACUAACAGCCCAAAGAGUUUUGUCAAUAGAAUUUGGAACCUUGGAAACGGUAUAUCCCCCGCAGAUAUCAUGUAUACUUGGCCAAAGCCAAAGUAUAAAAGCUUGACUGGCCUCCACCUGUUCUACAUGGAUAAUGGAUAUUGUUCAAACCUGGAAUCAGUUCAACAAAUAUGUUUUCCCUGUCCAAGUGUCUGAUUGAUGCUAUAUGGAAGGAAUAUGUUUAGGAGACCUGUUGACUGCUGUAACUCUUUAGUAUCUCAAAUAUGAAUAUGGGAGGGAGGGGCUUGAGUUAAUAAGUCAGGCAGUUAUAGUUAGGCUAUCUUUAUGUUGCAACUAUCUGGAAUACCACCCUUUUUGCUUGUAAACCUACAACUAAGCUACCUUUAGGCUUAAGCAAGUCAAAGUUGUUCUAUGUGACAUGUUCAUAGAAUAAUGUAUGGUUUUUGCAUAUCAUUUUUUGAGCAAUUGAGCGUGUGAAAUCAGCUGUUGAUGGACUUUGAUGACCCCGACUCCUAAAGUAUUGAUUAACAAUCAUAAUAGUAAUUAUUCUUAUUAUUUGUAUUAGCUAUCAAAUAUUUAUACUCGUAUAAUAUUUCAAAUAUCA